GGCUAGAGUUACAGUGAAGUGAUGAGGGCUGUCCUUCAAUUUACGCUGGUACUUCUCAGUCUGCGUAUUAACCACUUUUGCUAGGAUGUAUUGUAUCAGUUUGCCAACUUGGCAGUAAGUGACCUCUCCGGCACCGUGCGUGUGUAUUUUAGUUCGGUUUGGGUCACGUGGUUUUCUGACAGCAGCACAUUGCCUAAGCAUACAGAAGCACGGAAAGGGAGACGGUAGCUAUUGGAAAGAAAGAGAUUAUGUGAGGCGAAAUAAGGAGAAGAAAAAAAUAGGUUGAAUGAAAAGCAAAGACUUUGAAAAUGGAUGUGUUUCACUGAGUUUGAUGUACUACUGUUUCCCUUCUGUGAAAGAUAAUCUCAGAGAAGCAGCACUGCUGAUUACGGAUACACAUGUAAGUAGAAAAUGAUCGUCACUAUUUGUACUGAAUGUGGAUAACAAAUUCACAUUAUUGCCUUUUGACUUGAGUAUUCCCUGAACUCUAAAUGGAAACUUAAUUACGAUCUAGUUUCUCCGUGAAUUGGAAGUGUACGGCUCGGGGUUUUUUCGGGGAGUUUUGACGUCUAACCUGAUGGCCAAUUAAAGAAAAAUUAACGCAUCGACUUUUUUAUUCAAGGAAAUAAAUGCAUAAAAACUGUUUACUGACGUGACAUUUCAGUGCACUAUUUCAGGAUGGCAAUCAAUAAAUCUUGGACUAUUUUUUAUAUAAAUUUAUUUUUUUCGAGUUUACAAGACAUGAAAAUGUAAAAAAAAAGAAUACAGUACAAGGAAUCACAUUGCUUGGUGAAAUCGUGUCUGCUUAUGCAUGGUUACCUUUAUUUAUCAGCAUUUCGUUUAACCCUCCUAAAAAGGAAGCGGAAAACGUUUCAAAACUUUCACGAAAGAUCUAAUCAUGAACAUGAAUUUAUUCAUUGGAAUAACGCUGUAAUUUAAUAGGAGAAGACAGUGUGUUCGAAAGACCAUUUGGGACUUCUGGAUUGAAAGCAACAGCUUGCACUUCUUGCUCAUGUGUACAAAUCAGUUUCAAUUAUGAUUUUCUUAAAAGACCUCCUGUGUUUUGGAUGUCAUAUCAUGGCCACCUUUUAAGUUUUCUGACCCUAAUAAAAAUACAUAUUUUUAUUGACACUUCCUAUCCUGACUAUUGUCAUGGACAGUAUAUAAAGCUGAAUCAUCCCCUGUGGUUACAGUGUUUUUACUCCGUUUUUGAACGUCAGUAUCGUUUAACAGACAAGAAAAUGACAUGCGAAAACGAUGUGGAUUAAAGGCGAGAUCCUUAAACGCCAAGUACCUUAACUCAAAAAGGUGAAGAAGGAGUCAGUUGAUUGCAGCUAUUUGUAUGAUUAUAAACUCAACGCAGUAAAAAGCUUUUUUUUGUCUUUUAAACCUGAUUACGAAAACUCUACAUGUGCAUGCCCUCCGAACUUGAAGCGCCCUUCCAGCCAGCGCUGGUGAUGCGAUGCCCCGCAACCACAGCGGAGAUGAGGGUGGAUCUGGGCUCUGGAUGAAAACUUCUCCUGGGCAUCGCACUGAAGUGUACGACAUGAAAGAUGUGGAGUCCGGCAGAAGGAUGAAGAACUCAGCUCGGGUGGGAGACGGCCUGCUGCCUCUCGGCACCGGCUCUUCGCCUUCGGCGACAGGUGUGGGGGGUCCCGAAAGCCAAACUGGAAAGCAGGGAGCCCGCCUGAGUCUGCUCGGGAAGCCGCUCUCCUACAGUAGCAACCAGAGCUGCAGGCGGAACGUCCGUUACCGGAGAUUCCAAAAUUAUCUGUAUAACGUGCUGGAGAGACCCCGGGGAUGGGCUUUCAUCUACCACGCCUUUGUGUUUAUUCUGGUGUUUGGCUGCUUGGUCCUGUCUGUGCUUUCCACCAUCCCAGUCCAUCAAGACCUCUCCUCCCGUUAUCUUCUCAUCCUGGAGUUCGUCAUGAUCGUCGUGUUCGGUUUAGAGUACAUCAUUCGGAUCUGGUCUGCUGGUUGCUGCUGCCGCUACAGGGGGUGGCAAGGACGGCUCCGUUUUGCAAGAAAGCCAUUUUGUGUCAUAGAUAUCAUUGUUCUCAUCGCCUCUGUGGCCGUGGUCUCUGCUGGAAGUCAGGGCAACAUUUUCGCUACGUCGGCACUGAGAAGUCUCCGAUUCCUGCAGAUCCUGCGCAUGGUGCGGAUGGACAGGAGAGGAGGCACCUGGAAGCUGCUGGGCUCUGUUGUUUAUGCCCACAGCAAGGAGCUGGUCACAGCCUGGUAUAUUGGAUUUCUUGUUCUCAUAUUUUCAUCAUUUCUUGUCUACCUGGUGGAAAAAGAAGCUAACCCCCAGUUCGCUACUUAUGCAGACGCUCUGUGGUGGGGCACAAUCACAUUGACCACCAUUGGCUAUGGAGACAAGACACCUCACACAUGGACAGGAAGACUUUUGUCUGCAGGUUUCGCGCUGCUUGGAAUCUCCUUUUUUGCUCUGCCUGCUGGAAUUCUAGGCUCAGGGUUUGCAUUGAAGGUACAGGAGCAGCAUCGACAGAAACAUUUUGAAAAAAGACGAAACCCAGCAGCCAGUUUAAUCCAGGCUGCUUGGCGGUUUUACUCCACUGAUGCCAGCCGAACAUACCUGAAUGCCACCUGGCGAUACUAUGAAAGUGUUCUCCCACCACUCAGGAAAGACCAGGGGGAGUCUGCUAGCAGUAAGGUUCUUAGUAAUAAACAGAAGCUCUUCAGGAUGUAUACGUCACGGAAACCUAGCCAGAAAUUAAGCUUUAAGGAACGGGUACGAAUGGCCAGUCCACGAGGACAGAGCAUGAAGUACAGGCAAACUUCUGUUGGGGAUCGGCGAUCACCUGGCCCUGACAUCACCACUGACACCAGUCCAGCCAAGGUGCAGAAGAGCUGGAGUUUCAAUGACAGAACAAGGUUUCGCCCAUCACUGAGACUCAAGAGCCAGUCCAGGACCACUCCAGAUGCUGACACCAAUCUCGGAACAGAUGACGGAUUUGAUGAGAAAGGGUGUCAUUGUGAUGUGUCUGUGGAGGAUCUCACUCCAGCUCUCAAAACUGUCAUUAGAGCUGUCAGAAUUAUGAAGUUUCAUGUGGCAAAGAGAAAAUUCAAGGAGACUUUGCGACCGUAUGAUGUAAAAGAUGUAAUUGAACAGUAUUCAGCUGGUCAUCUGGAUAUGCUGUGUAGAAUCAAGAGCCUCCAGACGCGGUUGGACACCAUUGUAGGUCCACAGCAGCAACUGGCCACCAAAGUCAAGACCUUUUCUUCCCCCUCUCUGCACUUAUAUUACAGUCAACAUGGCAAAAAGCAGUCCACACCAGGAGUUGACCAAAUUCUAGGAAAAGGACAAAUACCAGCUGAUAAGAAAACUAAAGAGAAAGUUCUCCCGGAGAGUGAAGCUAAUGAAGACCUCAGCAUGCUGGGACGAGUGUGUAAAGUGGAAAAACAGGUACAAUCUAUAGAAACGAAGCUGGACUCCUUGCUGGAUAUCUAUAGGCAAGUUUUAAGCAAAGGCUCUUCCUCAGCACUGACUCUUGCCUCUCUGCCCCUCUUUGAGCUGGAUCAGACCUCUGAUUAUCAGAGCUCUAUUGCAAGCAAGGAUGCAUCAUCAGGCUCUGCACAGAUAAGCAGAUGUGUCUCCAGAUCUACCAGUGCCAACAUGCCACGAGGCCUGCAGCUGAUACUGACACCAAAUGAGCUGAACAAUGCACCAUACUAUUCUUUCUCACCAACUAUGCACAGCUUACCCACACAGGUGCCAAUGAGUCAGAAUGAGGGAACAGUACCAAUUUUGACGCCCAAUAACUUGUCAAGUCAGUUGGCUGAAAUGUCCAAGCCAGCAGCGCCAACAUCAUUGCAGAUACCCUCUCUGCUUCCCCUUAAGCAGAUCAACAGACCUGUAAGCAUGAUUCCAGUCACGACCCAGGAGUCUGCUGGUGAUGUCACUGCCUGCCUUGUUGCUUCGAAAGAAAGCAGACAGGUGACAAAGCCUAAUGCAAAGGAAGAGGGCUCUUGGAGAAGGCACCUGAGCCUGGAGACAGAACCCUUGGUAUCAGUGCCCACUGCAACAGACAGAGGCCUAGGGAAAUCCCUUUCUGUUCAAAACCUGAUGCAGUCCACAGAUGAACUCAACACUCGCCUUUCUAGUAGUGACUCAAAUGGCUCCCAGGUGAGCCAGGAGAUGUGCUCUGACUGGAAGGAGCCCAGGCUGUUUAUAACAGACAAGGAUCUGGAUGCUGGAGCUGAAUCCGAGAGCUUUGAUCUUCUCUCUCAGCCAACAGUGGAGACCGUUUUCUCUGAAGACUUUACAAGGACUGGAAUAGGAGGAUCAUCUCAAAGCAUCAGCAAAACUGGGGACAGUUCUGAAUCCCUCAGCUUGCCUCAUGUCCGUCUAAAAUAGCAUCACCCACUUUUAUUUGUACAUGUAGUACUUCCUUUAACCAUACAUAUCAUUGCAUGGACUAUUCUAAAAAAGAGAGAGCAUAAAAGGCAAAAUGACAAACAAAUGGAAAUCGGAACAAAUCUUGUAAGAUCUGGAAAGAAUCCGAAAGGCAGUGGUAUGAGCCCGUGAUCUCUAACUGCAUGACCAGAGCAUGUUUAGAUUUUACAGUACAUUUAAUUGAUAGUAUGAACACAUCAAGCCCUUUCAUUUAGCAAGAUUGCAUAGAAACGUAGGCAUUAUAUGUCCAGCUAAAGCACCAAGGAUCUGCCAAAUCUUACUUAUUUAAUUGGUUUUAUGUUCACUGCUGCAAUUAGUGAUAUGCAACAGUUCAGAUUAAAUUUUCUGUCUUUUUCUCUAUUGGUUAAAAUAUAAUGAAAUAUAAACAAAUCACAUGGGUGAUAGCAGGUAAACAGCUCCCGGAGAUCAUCACCUCUGUAUCUUAACUCUUUAGCCAAAUUGUAACUAUUUUAGUGUUUAAUGCAUUAAAUGGAUUCAAUUUCUAUGGAAGAAAUUAAGGCAUUUGGUAUAAUUAUAGAAAUAUUCAUGAUUUUCUGCUGCUGUACUAAGCAGAAAAAGUAGCCUGUAAAUAUCCGUGUGAGAAUCCAUUUUGAAUCAUGCGCUGGUAGGAUAAAUGUAUUGGAAGACCUUUUAAAAAUGGCAGUGCCUUGACAAGAGUCUAUAGGACAAAACAGUAGGAUGCAUAUUGUAGUGUUAAUGUAGCUAUUACGAUUACAGUAUACUUAUGGGGACAGGAUUACAUACCACAUUAAAAUACACAAUCUAUUAGCCUGCUGUUCUCCAUAUGUGCCAAUUUAAAUAUUUUUUCUUACUCCACGGCUGAAAGUUACAAUAAGAAAGAAUCUUUUAUGUUUACAGUUCAAUAAAUAUACAGCUGCUAGAAAGGUACUGAGGAAAAAGUAGAAAAUCAUGGUUUGGCUGCUACGUAGAAAACACACAAGGUCAUAAUUUAUCUGCUGUUGCAACUAAUAUUCAUAUUCUGAAUGUCUUUUUUAUGCUUUUUUAUGAGUCAGUGAUGUUUACCACUGAUUCAUUGUUCUCAAGAAAAUGCUUUUAAUACAAAAUGUACAUACUGUACCUUUUAAAUAGUGGUGACACCCUUUGGACAGGAAGAUACUGUAGUCUUAAAUCCAUCUUAAGUGCUCAGAAAAGUGAUAGCCUUUUUCCCAAGUUGUAUUUUUGAACAUUAUACAACAGCUUAUGUUAGUUAACAUCAUACUGUAGAAUGUAUAUAGAAUUACAGCAUAUUAAUAUGUAUGAGAGGUACAAGUACUGGAUAGUAGUGUAAUAUAGACGAUGCUUUGAAAAAGCCACUUAUUGGAACCUAGAGAGGUGUAUUGAAGCACAAUUUGUUGAGAAAUGCCAGUGCACAUCCCUUUUGUAAUGCUAUGGGCUGUGUAUAACAGACAUAAAUGUCAGACUCCUUAAAGUGUCAAAGAAAACUACAUUUUUAAAACCUCCAAAACAAUACUCAUUUGGCACAAGUGACUCAUUAAAACGAUCAAGGAUCCAGAUUAUAAUGAAUGUCUGCAUUUAGCCAAACACAGUGUGUAAAACUAAAGUAUUGUAUAAAGUAUACAUAAACUAUACCGUUUUUAAUGUUUUCUUCUCCCUUCCUUAAUCAAAUAUGCUUUUAUGGUGCCUUUCUUGCAUAUUAUUUUUUUUACUCAAACUAUUAAACAUUUGCUUUUUGACUUCAAAUGUGGGGUGAAAAGUUGGUAUCUGAAGCUGUGAUAAGAAAUAAACAUCAGUUUGCUUUUAUUUUUUUCUUGCUGCCAUCCCCAAAUGCCAUGUCAGACAUGGAUACAUUUUUUAGAAAAAUUAUUUCACUGGUAAAUUAUUUCACAAAACUGGCCUUAACUUACAUGCUUGAGAAUUUUAAAGUUCUGUUUCAUGUAUCUAAUUUAUUUCAACAAAUUAUGUGCACAUAACAGAGGUUACAUAAACUGUAGUUUAAAAAACUGCUCAAUUUAACUUUUUUCUCAUACUUCAAUAAACCAGGAAAGCAAGAUGUA